CCUCUGGCUCAGUUCCCACUUCCCACUUCACCCCUCUCCCCAACGACCCAUCUUCGUCUUUAGACAGAGACGCAGAUACACUUAGCUUCCAUGAAGAUUCAUCCUUUCCCCUCUCUCUUUCUCUCUCUUAAAUUAUUAUUUCCAAUUAAAUUUUAAUUCCCAUUUUAUAAAGAAGAAACAGUCUUCGAAGACUUUGUAGCACGAGAGAGAGAGAGAGAGAAAGAGACUUGUUUGACGAAUAGCACCAGAACGAGACUGGGGAAGCAGCCAACGAGGACGGCCGUAGCUUAACUUUCAAAGCUCCAAGUCUAGGCCGUCUCCCACAACUUCUUCUUAAUCUUAGCAAUCCAAAUCCAAUCCAACCUCUACGCUCCCCUUCCAUUUCUCCAUCUACUCUCAUCUCUUCAUUGAAGAAGAAGAAAGAAGAAGAAAGCAAUUGGAGUAGCAGAUCCAAUUUCCCAAAUUUCCCAAUUUCCCUUUUCCCAUCUCAUCAUCAUCAUCAUCCGUUAGGAUUUCGAUUCAGAUUCAGGUUCAGGUUCAGGUUCAGGUUCAGAUUCAGAUUCAGAGAGAAUGAACGAUCUACUAGGGAAUUCCUUCUCCGGAUUCAGAGGCCGUACAGACGGCUCGGCCUUCGUCGACGUAGAGAUGUCCUCAGCCGCAAACAUGGGAGGAGGAGGAGGAGGAGGAGGAGUAAAUCUAGACAAAUUCUUCGAAGACGUAGAAGGAAUCAAAGACGAGCUCAAAGAAAUGGAAAGACUCCAGCUACGUCUCCAACAAUCUAACGAAGAGAGCAAGACCCUCCACAACGCCAAAUCCGUGAAAAAUCUCCGAUCCCGAAUGGACUCCGAUGUCACCACAGCCCUGAAAAAGGCGAAACUCAUCAAGGUCCGCCUCGAAGCCCUAGAUCGAACAAACGCAGCCAAUCGAAGCCUACCAGGUUGUGGACCCGGCAGCUCCUCCGAUCGAACCCGUACAUCGGUGGUGAGUGGCCUAAGGAAGAAGCUCACGGAUUCCAUGGAAGGGUUCAACAAGCUGAGGGAACAGAUUUCUGGCGAGUACAGGGAAACAGUGGAAAGGAGAUACUAUACGGUGACGGGAGAGAAACCCGAUGAACAAACAGUGGAUAAGCUGAUAUCGACAGGUGAGAGCGAGACGUUCUUGCAGAAAGCGAUUCAGGAACAGGGUAGGGGGCAGAUCCUGGACACCAUAUCUGAAAUUCAGGAGAGACACGAUGCGGUGAAGGAUAUGGAGAGGAGUCUGAUGGAGCUGCACCAGGUGUUCUUGGACAUGGCUGUGUUGGUACAGCAUCAAGGGGAGCAAUUGGAUGAUAUAGAGAGCCAAGUGGCCAGGGCUAACUCCUUUGUUAGGGGAGGGACACAGCAAUUGUAUACAGCGAAGAAGACGCAGAGGAACACCAGGAAAUGGACUUGCAUUGCUAUCAUCAUAUUACUCAUCAUUGUCCUCAUCAUCGUUCUUCCCAUCGUCCUCAGAAACACCGGCGGCAGCGGCAACAGCAGCAGCCCCACCACCACCACCACUCCUCCCCCGCCCGCAACAAAAUAAAUUCUUGUCUUUCCUUCUUUUUUUCUUUUCUUUUUCCUCGUCUUUUUUAUUGUGAUUUUUCUUUUUAAUAAUUUUCUUUUUUGUUUAUAAUUGUUAGUUUUUCUAUUGUCAUAAUAUUUGUGCCUCUUCUUACAAUUUUUUUUUUUUUUUUUGGUGCCUGAUUCUUACAUUAUGGCCCUUAUGGGUAUAUGUCAUAUUUUUUUAUUUAUUGAUUAAAUUGAAUACUUCUAUUUUUA